AUGCUAGCUUCUCCAUACGAGGCUGUCUGGAGGAGCCUACCCCGGACUAACGCGUCUGGGGUCUCAGGGCUAUGGGAGGCGGUAGCAGCCUGUUUUGCAGCUUUACAGCUAGUCGGGUAUAUGAUGCUAGCUGUGGUAGUCGGUUCCCCUCGCCAAGAGUUGCGAAUCAAUAUUACAGUAUCUACUGUUACUGCAUUUGUGUUUGUCGCGCCACCGAAGGCUAUUCCUCCUCCACUCAAUCUUUAUGCAAGUAUCAUAAAUAUAUGCUUACCCGCUGCUUUCUCGGUGUGUUACGCUCUCGCGGGGAUCUUGAUAUAUCGAGAAUACGGACGUUACCGAGCGGAAGGCACACCACUACUCACCGACGAAGAGAUGCAACGUCGCCAGUUGCUUCGCUUAUUGGGGGAACGGAGUACCAACGCACCAUCCCCUGAUCUUGUGCGAAACACUUAUCGCUUCGAUUUACCUGAGGGCAGAGCGCAGAAGGACUGGAGUCAUUUGACCCCUUGA